UCCCCGGAAGUGAAGAAGAAAAACAACAGUUCAACAUGGAGCGGGAAACACAGGUCAUGGAUGUUUGUGAAAAUCAAGACGAAAAUAGCCUCUCGCCAUCCAAAUUAAAAAUGUACGAGGCGCAGUUUUUUGGAUUCACGCCUCAGACCUGUGUGCUCCGGGUCUGUACCGCGUUUCAAGACUGUCUUUACGACAUUUUACCCGUGGUGGAGAAAGUUUGCGUCCGACAACUGAGCUCUGGAGGGUCUGCCGAGGACGACGAACAGCUCCGGACCGGCGCCCGAGAGUGCAGCCGCAAACUGCAGCAGGCCCUGGAGGAGCGCUUCAGACGGCUGUCAGAGCGCAUGACACCGCUGCUGGUCAACCGAUGUCUCACCGUGCCUCCGAAUGUGCUCCUGCCCGAGGACCAGUCACACAAAAAGUACCCCCGGGCCGUGCAGGAGGCCUUCAGAUUGGAGUCGUCCAUUGCUGAGCUCCAGAGUGCAUUUGAAGCGGAGGUGUGUGCCAGGCAGGCGUUGCUGGCAGAGCUGGAGGAGCAGAAGGAGGUGCAGAGACAGCUAGACGAGAUUGUGGCAUGGGUCCGAGACCUGCAGUCCGCCUGGGUGAAGGAAGGUAACAGCAGCUUUCACGACAGUUUCCGAGUUGUGAUGGAGUCAGUAAAAAAACUGCAGAAAGCGCUCAUUGAAGUCUAUAACAAGGCACCCCACCAAACAGACUGAACUCUUUAUACAUGUAUUCCCAUCUAAUGGAGUUAUCCACCUCAUAUAUAUUUGUUAUAUGAAGUGGAGGUCACACAUUGUCUGUGUCAGAGUAAUUACAAUAUUGUUAAAGCAAACUUUUUAAUCACUGGCUGUGGUUACAUGCACACGCAAAAUCGCAUUAUUAUCAGAUUUUUGGAGUUACACGAUUAUUAACAUGUAACCAGCAAAAUCAUCUGAUUUCUUUCUGAUCAUGAUCAUUUACAUGUCAUUUAAAUAAUAUUAAAGGUCUAGAAAUAAGAUGAUAAUCAGAUUUUGGUGUGUAUGUAAACAUAGCCACUGUUGCUACUCUUAAGUCUUCCUAAGGUGUUUUCUUUAUAUUAUUUUAUACUGUAACUUGUGUUUGACAUGUUUCAUGUCUUGUCUUAUUCUAAAAGAGCUAUCUUUAUGAUUUUUGGGGCAAGUUAAUAAAUGUAUGAUAAUUUGUG